UAAAAUUAAUUUUAAAAUUGUUAUUCCAUUUCCGACACUCCGACACGGCCCAUGAAUCACAUUUCUUGUCAAAAGUAGCAACCAUUAGGCACUCAAUGAAAUGUCAAAACAAAACUUGGCUCGUGUUUGUUUAUAUCAAAAUUUUCUGAUCUACCGAAUCAUUUUGUAAUUAGAAAAAGAAACAGUGCUGAACACCAUGAAUGUGAUACAGUCCAAUAUAUCCACCACGAUCAGAAGCUUCAACAUUUCGGAUGAUAUCCGUAUCGAGGUGAAAAAGUUCCGCACCAAUGCGAGCAUCGAUGAGGUUGACAUAGAAGACGACGAGGAUGAUAUUUCCGUCAUACAGAAAAUACACAAAACGUUUGCCGAUCCGCACAGCACAACGUUUGAUCCGGCGACGUUAAAAUCGAUCAUCGCUCGGCUGGACGAGAUUGAAAAGAAGCUGGAAAAUGUCGUGUACAUGAACCAGCAGGCCGAUGCUCUCGAGGCAGCCGCACGGCAAAGCGGCAUCGUUAACCUACCUUCCGCGGGAGGUGUUAUAGUCGGUAGUACCGGCGACGAAGGGUUGGAACUGAAGCUAGAACUUGACUCGGACAGUGAACUGAUCGGCGAAUUCAUCGAACAGGACGAACUGAAAUUGGUCGAGUUUCCCAUCAACCGAAUCGAGGAGUUGAAAGAACUCGAAGAGUCUAUCACAUCCGACCAGGAGUCGUUUGUUUCGCUGGUUAAUUUCAUCGGUAGCACCGUGCAAAAAUACAACCGCAAUCUGGAGCUUGUGCUGAAAGAUUUUAUCACAGAAUCUCUUAUCAACGAGCUUGGCUACAGCACCACCAAGGAAUCGAUGCUGUCGUUCUACAUCUUCAAUCAGCUACUGUACGAUAUCUGGAAAAAUGACUAUUCAACCAUUAACGACUACAACAACAAGCUAAAAAACAUCGUAAUUAAAACGCAAAAUCGCUUUUUGCGGUUAAAUAAAAAUAAGAAAUAAUGUAUUAUGCAUAAUUAGCUGAAUUAAACGUUACGUACUUUGAUAUUUCUGUACACUUACUUGAAUAUAGUCAGUCCUGGGUUUGAGAUCUA